CCUCUGGGACGGCACCGCCAGGAAUGCCUAGCGUCCUAUUCGAGCCAUUUGGAAGGGGAAGGAGAAAAUGAGGCAGAAGGAAGUGUUAGCCAAGACCUUCCAAGGCCCAGCCGUUGUUUGUAGGACUCCAAACAGCCACGUUUACAUGUUCAAGAAUGGCAGUGGGGACUCCGGAGACUCCUCUGAGGAAGAGUCACAUCAUGUGGUGUUACGACCCCGGGGCAAGGAGCGCCAGAAGAACAGCAUCCAACACCCUCAGCAGCCCGGAGCAGGCAACAUGGUUCUGCUGCAGCGGGAGCUGGCUCAGGAGGACAGCCUCAACAAGCUGGCUCUCCAGUAUGGCUGCAAAGUCGCAGAUAUCAAGAAAGUGAACAACUUCAUCAGGGAACAAGACCUGUAUGCUUUGAAGUCCAUCAAGAUUCCGGUGAGAAAUCAUGGCAUCCUCACAGAGACCCACCAAGAACUCACCCCCCUGGGGGCCCCAUCCUCUGAGACCAGAGUGACCCUGGGAGAACUGUCUGAAGAUGAAGCUGCCGCUGGAGCGAGCGCCCAGGGGAACCACCUGACGGAUUUCUUUAAGGGAAUCGACGAGAACAUUGAGCGGGCUGUGCGGUCUGAAGUCUUCCACAGUGAGAGCUGCUGCGUGGAGGCCGCAGAUCAGCCACUGCUCCCCGCCACCCAGAAGCCACCAGGCGAUGGUGCAGACUGCGGGAUUCAGUGGUGGAAUGCCGUCUUCCUCAUGCUUCUCAUUGGGAUUGUGUUGCCAGUGUUUUACCUCGUCUACUUUAAAAUACAAGCCACCGGGGAAGCCUCCAGUAGCCUGAAUGCCACUGCUGUCCCCAAUGACUCGAUGACCCUGAGCCCAGUUCCAGCACAAGCGCCCAGGUUGGCAAUUCCAGUGCCCACGCUCCCCGCUUCAGACAGCCAGGUCAGCUCAACCACCCAGGCAGGGGCCUAAGCUCAUUUAUUCUCGAGUGGGCAAUGCUUUGCAGGUGGCCCUUGAGCUGUGUAGCUGUCACUGGCUGUUUGCCGGGCGUGUUGCCUUUUGCUUCCUGGGAUGUAUGGACAGUUAAAGAAGCUACCACGUCAAUCUGGAUUGUAUGGACUGAGGAAUGGCCUAGCCUAACCCAGGGAUGCAGGAGCCCAGUCAUCAUUCAUCCCAGCAAGAGAGACAUUUACAUGAAACUAGUGGCUGUUUCUUGAAGACACGUGGGGGCUGGCCGUGAGUCCCUGUAUAGCCCUUCUGGGCGGGCGCCUAAGUAGAACGUGAUAAGGGAUCUGUGAUGUUGGCGCUCCCACUGUUAGGUGGGGUCAGAUGGCUGUCAGUGUCCCAGCCUGCUAAUGGUGGGGGGUGGGCUCAGCGACAUGCCCUGUGUCUGGGUAGACCAAGGUGCUGUGCAGUAUGUCAUUGAGUUUUAGAGUGACGAAUUACAGUUGUGACAGCCUGGCAUGCUUGCCUCUUCACUCGGCCCCAUUGAGGUGGUGCUACUUCAGAAGUGAGAAUGUUCCAUCCAGACUGCCACCCUUUACUUAAGCUGCAGUCUGGUCCCUCACACUGUUGGAGCUUUAUGGUCUCACACACGGGCAUAUCUUAAGCCAGACACAGGGCUACCGCUCAGAUUCACAGUAGGAGCAUCUCUGUGGUGAUGGCUCCCGGGAUUCUCCCAGUUGGCAUCUUGGGAGCAGCUGUUAUUGGCAAGUAGUUUGAAGAGACUACAUCCGCCAUUAAGGGUCUAACACAUGCACCUCUGAGGCCAACCCACUGUCAGACGAGUGUUGCCAAGAACAGUGAGCCUCCACACCCAUCCCUACCAUGUGUGCCUGAAGCAGAGUAUUCUUCCCGCUUCCUCCAUGACUCUACUUCUUGGGUGUUGUCCUUAAACUUCCAGAUUCUGUGUCUCAGUGUUAAAACCAGAUGCCGUGUCAGUCAGUAAGCUUUCUCUUACUGGACAAAAUAAUCGUGGCUCAAGGUUUCAACCCAUGGCCUGAUUUGGGGGCGCCUAUGGUAAGAACACACAUCAUGGAGGAGAGUGUGGUGGGACAGAUUGUUCCUAUGACCAGGAAGAGAGGGAGAGACAAGGAGCUUGGGUCCUGGGAUCACCUUCAAGGUCAUGCCUGCAGUGACCUUGCCUCUCCCACUAGACCUCAGAUCUUAAAGCUUCGACUCCUUUCCAAUGCCAAGGUGAGCACAAGCCUUUAAGAUAUUUGACUUUGGGUGGGUGGGGGGAGCAUAUCCAAACCCCAACAAGGUGACUCUGGUUGUGAAAGGCUCUAAAAGCACCAGACACCAGAGGGGGGGCAAGAUGCCCCAGGUUGUCUCAACCACUCCCUGGUGCAGUAGCCAUCCAUGUGCUGGUGUGGGAGAAAGGGCUAAGUCAGCCUGCCUUGUCACAGCAGGGAAGUGGCUGAGGUGGCUGGGAGCUCAGCUCCAGGGUGAACAGAAGGCAGGCAGGUUGCUCCAAUGGUGAGCUUGGGGGAUGGUGGGGCCACUUGACACUUAGGCCUAGACAUCUGAUCAGAGGAGCAGAAUAGUACUUGUUCAGUUGGUCUGAAAAACAAUCUGCCUAGGGUGUAAAUAGCAAAUUUAAGUCAUCUUCAGAAUAAGUAUUUUGAGGUCAAAAAUAAACCCGUGAAUCUCAAUACAAUAAACAUCAAUUAUGUUAAGUGAUUUCUAUCUGGAUGCUUAUGACCAUUGUGGCUGUGAAAUUUCUUUUAAAUGUUUUUUACCAUUAACUUCAGCAGGCAGGGCUCAGAGUCCCACGGGAAAAUCAUUUUCACUAGACAACGAAUGUCUUUUCCCCUGAAUUCUGUCUCAAGUGUUAGGGGCUGGUUGUGAUGCCUGUACACAGUCCUGUGUAGGCUCCUAAGUAGAACAUGACAAGGGAUCUGCAGUGUCAGUGCCCCUGGGGUUGGAUGGGUCAGAUGACUGUCCUGGUGACCUUGCCUGCUGAGGGCGGGGGUGAGCUCGGCUCAGAGAUGUGUUCUGUCUGGGCAGACCAAGGUGCUAUGCAAUAGUAUCAGUAUGUCACUGAGUUUUAGACAAGUUACAGUUGUAACUUGUAUCUCUGUAUUUUUCUCAAGUGGAAUAAAAUAUUUCUUCUGUGAAGGAAA